UUCCAAAGAAGACCUCAAAUCUGUGUUCUUUGCUGCUACUACUUGUUUUUUUUCUGACACAUCGAGAUACAGAAAAUAGAAGCUCAUUGCAUUCUCAGGUUCAGAAAGAAGGAUCACAGAUGGCUUCAGCUACUGCCACAUUGCUCACAUCCUUCUUUGCUCUCACACUCUUGACGCAUCACUGUUUUGCAGCAGCACCCAGCCUAUACCAGAGCCAGACAACCAUGACAUGGUGCGUCGCAAAUCCAUCAGCCAGCGGGGCUGCACUGAGGGCCAACCUUGAGUUCGCCUGCUCGGAGAGCGACUGCGCCGCCAUCCAGGGCACCGGCGGGUGCUCCUUCCCCGGCGGCGACGACGACGGCAGCCUGCCGACGCGGGCGUCGGUCGCCAUGAACGCUUACUACCAGGCCAGGGGGAGGAACUCAUGGAACUGCUUCUUCAACGGCACCGGCCUCAUCACCAUCACUGACCCCAGUUCAGGCAGUUGCAAGUAUGCUUGAGCUGGGAGGUCGCUCCAGGCAAGCCAGCAAAUCUCUGGAUCUUGACAAAUAAAAGCUUUCUGGGGAUGUUUUGUUCUUCCAAGUGCCCCCCACUAGUGUUCAGUUUUCAGUAUCAGAGAUGCUAGAAUUCGAGUCAUGUUUAGCAUUUAUGUAUGGAUAAAAUUCAGAGAG